ACUUUACCAGCAAUUAUAAAUAAUAGUUGACAUAUAGUAUUAUAAAGGCACUAAUCAUGUUGUGUAUUUUUUCAGAUACAAUGGUUUGCAGUGGUUGCUGUGCAACAUUGGACCAUGUGGUCACAUACCUGUACAAACUUUUGCAUCAGAAAAGCAAAAAAGGUACAGUGGACCUGGAGUCAGAUGCCCUUGUAAGGGUUAUGAAACACCAACCAUCCAUCCUGCAGCAAAUGCUAGCCACUGUCCUUAACAUCAUCAUGUUUGAGGAUUGUAGGAAUCAGUGGAGCAUGUCCCGUCCACUGUUACCACUCAUUUUAUUAAAUAAUGAGUAUUUUGGACAACUGAGGCAACAGAUUAUCAGUCAACAAGCACCAGACAAGCAAGGAGCAAUGGCCCAGUGGUUUGAUAGUCUGAUGGAGGGCAUUGAGCCAAACCUCCUUACUAAGAAUAGGGACAAAUUUACUCAGAAUUUGUCUGUGUUCCGCCGUGAUAUCAAUGACUCACUCAAGGGACCAGUGACUAGCAGUAGUGGCAGUAGUGGAAGUGAAAUGAUGACAUCGUGACGGCAACACUUUCACCAGAACGGUCUCCAUUACAAUCCUCACCAUAAUACCAGCCACCCCAACAUCGUCGCCGCUGCUAUUCCCUCUCCACUACAACCACAAUAACAGAAUCUGCCAUAGCUAACACGACCAUAAAUGUUGUGGCAGAUACCAACAGCAACCAUUGUGCUCAUAUGUGGUUGACCUGAAUAUGGCCACGUGUAUUAAAAAGUCAUUUUGACUUUCCCAAGUUUUGAAUCAUAUUUUGUAAUUCGUAAAUUUGCAAGG